ACCAAUACGUAUAAUAAAAAAUAAAUAUUCUUCGAACAUUUCGGUAGUGAUUAACAAGUUUCGUUUAAACAUAAAAUUAAAAUAUAUGUCAAAGUAUAAAAAAAGCAUUUAAAAUUAAAAAUAUCAAGCAUUCACGCAUGUCAUUUAUAUACGUGCUAAAAAUACAUAAAAUUAAAACACUUAACGGCAGUCUUCUGUGUCGGCUUUUUGGUCCUGACUUAUUUUAUGAAGUGCUAUUCUAUCUGCAUAAAUUCUCUUCUAACAUACAUUCGUGAAAAUAUCCUACGAAAACAACUUUUUUAAUCUCGAGGAGUAGGAUAAAACUAAAUUGUCACAUCAAACCGUCGCGAAUUAACAAUAUUAGUGUCGUGGUUUACAUCGCUGCGGUCGAACAUCUGACUAUGAAUUUUCCGUAAAAAGAAUCAAAUACAUUUUUUCCGAAUAUAAAUUCGACGCGUCAAACUGUGGACGAUGUGUGGAAAAACUUUCGCAUUUUGGUGUUGCGUGCUUCUUCUUCUCGUGAUAUCGUCGAAAACUCAGAGAAAAGUCAUAAACAACGAAGAGACAGAUGACAAUUUGAUGAUACGAUACGAGCUGGACGAAUUAAAUUCUACGACAAAAUAUGGCGACAAAAUAGAACAGAUGCGAUAUGAUUUGUGCAAAAAGUUUAUCAAUAAUAUGCAAUACGACAAUAUGCAGUUUGCAUCUAUUAAUACUUCCACAAGUAACGAUGACGAAGAUGAUGAUUCAAUACAGUAUAAAUAUAAAUCGGACACGCAUUUCAUACAAAAACAUAAGGAUGACAAGCAAAUACCUAUGGAAUCUCGCAUAUAUUUUAUAAAUGCCAAGCAUGAAAGAAACUUCACAUUACAAGAAGUUUAUGAAAACUUGAAGAGAAUUGAAGACAAAAACGAUUCGAUGUUGCACGAGUUCUUUCGAAAUUUCAAUAAAAGUAACAUUGUUCCGUACGAAAUAUGCGAGAAUUUUACUUGCAUUGCAUUCUGCUGUUCCCUUGGCGAUCGCCUGAUUGACAACAAAUACAUCUCUGAAAAAAGGAAAUACUUCUUCCCGAAUUUUUACGGAUACACGAAUUUGAGCGAUUCGUUGCAGAGCAAAAAUAAGAAUUUGGACGAAUUGUUUCGGCUGGUCGUCUACGAUUCAUGUCAGAAAAAUCAUCACUUAUACGAAAGUUAUAAUUUCAUGAUUUUUGACAACGGCUCUCUCUAUUUACCUCAUUAUAAAAUAUUCGACAAAUCAACGUCAUAUUGUCUCGCCGUCGUGGACGAAGAUAAAGUCAAAGUGAUAAUUUGUUCCAAGACCUCAUUUGUUCCUUUCGACGGUAGUUUUAGUGCGACAACUAAUAAUAAAAUUUUGUCAAUUAAUGACAUACUAAUAUGUACAACUCCUAAUAUAAUGUGUAUAUUAUUUUUGCUGCUCAUAAUUCUGGUAUAUUCCAUACUGCCAGAGCUCCGAAACGCAUUUGGCUUCAUCUUGCGCAAUUAUAGCGGUGCCUUGUUCAUCGCAUACGUAAUGUGGAUUGUAAAUUUUCUAAUCAAUGCGGAGGCUGUACAGUAUUCCGUCUGUAUUACAAUCGCCUUCUUCACCUACUACAGUUUUUUGGCAAGCACCCUCUGGUUAACUGUGAUGAGUUUUGACAUGUGGUGUACAUUUAGAAAAAUUUGUUCACAAAAAAACAGACAACGAGAAAAAAAGAAAUUGAUGUUUUAUGCGAUCUUUGCGUGGGGUUUUUCUUUUAUCUUCGCUGUUGCUUGUAUUAUCAUGGAUUUUGUUUCCGAAGAUUUGCCGCAAAUUUUGCGACCUAAAUUUCGCGCGGGAAAUUGUUGGUUCGCCGAGAAGGAAACGUUAGCAUUGUAUUAUUACGGAUUCAAAAGUAUUUGUGUUAUUAGUAGCAUUUAUUUAUCCAUUUCUACGGGACUGAAAAUUGCACACUACGACAAGGAUACAAGCAUUCAUCUGACAGAUUCGGAAAGCAAGCACUAUAAUAACAAUAAAAAAUGGUUCAAUCUGUAUUUAAAACUAUUUAUCAUGCAAUUUAUUAUAAUGGGCAUAAAAUGGAUUAUGAAGACAGCGUUAAUUAUCUUUGAAGAUAAAUCAAAUUAUAUCUUGCAUGCUAUUAAUUUGAUGGACGUUAUACAGAACCUCUGCACCUUUAUCAUACUUGUGUGGAAAAAGAAGAUUAAACAAAAAUUAUGGAAGCGACUCGAUCUGCUUCUAAAAGGACAAUCCGGAACGAAUUCAACAUCGUCGAUAUUUACACAAAAAAAGACUAGUUCUUGUAGACAGAAAUGUCACACGAAAAGUCUGCAAUUUAAGCAGCAAGUAUAGUCUUAUAAUUUUCUAAUCAAGUAUAACUUUAUAGUAUUAAACAUUGAUUUUUUAGUUGGAUCUUUAACAUGCUUAGUGCAUUUUACAUAGAAAACUUAUU